AUGUCGGUCUCCAAAGUUGAAGAGGGGCAUGAAGAGGACCGACGUCAACAGUCUGGUAUUGUGAAGAACUUCUGCAACAAAACCGUGAUCAUCUCCAUUAACGGUGGUAAAGAGCAGCGCCUGGACCCAGCCCUCGUCGGUGGCGGGGCAAUGGUGAAUUUGAUCCCACAAUGGGUGGUUGGUGAAGCAAACUUGGCUGUAGUCCGGGCUAAAUCCCUUGAUGUCCGCGGUUUUGACGGCCGUGUGACCUUGGUGCUUGAACUGCUGCUUUCUCGCAGAUUAAUGUCUGCCUCGAAAGUCCUUGGCGUUUACGGCAGAAACGAGACCUGGAUCAGAGACCCGGUUACUAACGAACAGGUUAAGGUCGAGAAGUGCGACACAUCAGCUACCGGUAUGGGACCAGCCCCCGAAGUUUGCUUCAAUCGCCGGAUCAAGACAGGUGAUGCGGCCGUAGGGGCGUUGAAGAAUUCGGCUCGGUCCCCGAAGGUCCUGGAACAGCUCGAAAAUAUCUCAAAUGGCGACUACACGGACCAGGCUGAGGAGAGUCUUGAUGAAUUGGUCAACAAAUUGAUCAUGCAGCCUCCAAGAGUGAGCCGCAACUUCAAUACCAUCUGGCUGCAGACGGUUCAAAUACCGGGGGGAGCAGUUUCGUUUCAGGCACUUACGCUCAAGCCGGGAAUACCGGUCAAGGAGAAGGACUGGAAGGACGUUCACUUCGUGGUGCUCAUGCCGCUUGCUUUUACAGCAGCGGAGACCAGAUAUACGACGACGAAGCGCGACGGCGCUGGCCCUGUUGAAGGCCCUGCUGGAAAGUCGAUGGUUGGUGGUUGGCAGCAUAUAGCCCGUUAUGACAUCACGGACCAUGCCUCGCUUUUGAGCGUUUUGAAGUCAGAUGACGGACACGGCCGCAUCGCCAGAUGGCAGCUGGAGUUUGGCGCAUUCUGGCUCGACGUUGUGCAUGUCUCGGGAAAUACAUUGGUGGCCCCUGAUGGCCUGUCUGGUGUCAGUCCGGAUCACGCAUAUCGGCCACUUUUUGAGAAGGACGAGGAAUUUCAAAUCUCGGAUCUGGUCCCGGGCGACGAGGCGCAGAGGAUCCGACCGAGCGUUACUCGGAAGUCAUAUCGGCGAAUCCAGAAACACGCCGACACCGGCGAGGUACUACGACUGAAGCUACGGCACGAGAGCGGGACCGGGCCUCUGACUCUGAAUCUGAUGACUCGUCGUCUGUCUCGCCUCGAGAUCCGGGUCCUGGAUGGGAGAAGUUGGAAGACGACGAAUGAUUGGUCCUGUGAUAGAAUUCCUAAAAUUUGGAAGGAUUACUCCUUCAGGCACCUUGGACGAUUCCGUUGA